AUGUUAAUGCUCAAGUUGGACAACAUUCUUUGCAAGCUGGGGUUCGAGGUCUGCUUGAAAGACGAAGGUAUCCUCGGUCUAUGCAGCGGCCGCCUUCUCCAGGCUCAGCGAGACAUUCAACUGCGGAAUGAGAUUGAAGCUGCUUUGGGUCAGAACGACAGCCUGUUCAACUAUGAACCGAACAACGAGUUUUACUCCGGCGACCGUCCACCUCCGGCUGAUGGCUCCCAACCGACGAGAAAUGCCGAACUUGGCGGAGACCUGACUUGGUACAGACGACUGCAAGAAAAGGCUCUGCCGACGGAUUUGGGGUUCGCGGGUAGGUCCCGAAUCGUGGAGCGUCGUGCUGCUAACCGGAGAUCGGCAGACGCAUCUUCAUCGUCUAGGGAAUGGUCUUCAAAGGAAUGGUCUCCAAGGGAAUGGUCGUUGAGGGAAUGGUCGUUAAGGGAAUGGUCGUCAAGGAACAUUGCUUCGGCGGGUCGACAUGAUGACUCUCGCCAGGAUGACUCUCGCCAGGAUGACUCUCGACAGGAUGACUCUCGCCAGGAUGACUCUCGACAGCAAACAAGAACAUACGUGCAGCAAAGCUCGGCCCUAGAUGGAAGAUCAAGGGUGCUUCUGCUUUACCUGAGACCUACUUGGGUCGGCGAGGGUCAGGACCAUUUGGCCGUGGAGCGUCUAGACCCAGUCAAGGAAACGAAGUUCCAGGGGGAUUUGUACCACAAGAGAGGGCCAAUGGCACGUAGGUCGGUUGGGGGGGUUUGGCUUCAAGGAGGGUCCGGUGAAGGGAAGUCGGUGGAAGAAAAGUUGGUGGAAGGGGAGUUGGUCGAAGAAGAUUUGGGAAGCGAGGUACAACCGGAAGGUCCGUUGGGUAUCGAGGCCUGCUAUGUCGAUACGCCUAGAGCCAGUGCCCGUGCCGAGUCAUCCAAGGGCACCCGGAAGAAGCAGAGGCACGGAAGCCCAGGAGCCGCAGGAAAGAAAUCUUCACGGGCGAAAUGUGUUCGAGACAAGAAGUCACGAGAGGACACGGCGUUCGUUGAGUACUUAAGGUACCUCAAGCCUCAGAGCGAACUUCCCACCUGGGCAACGGGUCCGCCAGUUGUCAUUGACCUAACGCCGGACGACGAAGACGAAGAAACACCGGCGGGUAAUGUGGCAGGCAACGGGGCACGUGGCGAACGCAAGGUGAUGCGGGACGAGGUAAUGCGUGUCGAGAUAAUGCAGGGCGAGGAAACUCCGGCCAGCGAUGCCAGAGCCGAUGUGGUCGCGGCCGGCCAGGCUGAUAUCACGGUCGUCCGAGAAAUAACCUUGUCUUCCGAGCUCGUCGUCGAAGUCGUUGAACAGACGGCUAAAGAACAGAAGGCUAAACAACAGAUGGUCGAACAACAAAUGGUCGAACGACAAAUGGUCGAAGAACAGGCGGUGAACAGAUUAGGGGGAGGGGGGUGGGUGCACUUGGAUUCAGGCGGAUCGCUGAAGACUUGGGGCAGCAAGAAGGAUCUGUGUGGUACUGUGAACACGAAGCAUAUUCCCAUCCAUAGGAGGCGGCGGGUGUCUGGGUGCGAGAGACGAGACGAGAGUAGGAGUGGUUAUUUAGGUUUGUUUGAUCCCUCCGUGCUGGACGGUCGCUUUGCCACACGCGUUUCCGGAUUCCAAAAUCUGCGGGACAAGCUUCAAGCGGAAGGUAAGUGUCCGUGGAGUAGCUGGGGGAAGAGCGAUACGUUGUUGCUACGAGGCUGGGUCAUGUUUGGAAUGAUUGCUACCCUUCUGGAUGAGCCGAAGGAGUCGGAGAUUCGAUGCAUAUGCAGUCGCUUGCCUGCCUACUUUGGUCCUCUGCACAGGCAAUGGGCUUCAGUCGGCACCGGCACUGCGCAUGGUGGCGCCCUCAGCAGUGCUGAUGAGCGGUUGAUCGGUGGUGCCCUUGCGCAAUUUGAUCGUUCUUGUAGCGCCAACUUGACGAAACGUCUUUUCGAUUGUAAGGAUAGUGCCGACGGCACCUGUGCCGCGGCCACUCCCAGUGGUCUAGAGGGAGAAGCCCGAGAACUCAGGAAGACCUUGGAGAGAGUCUUUACACUGAGGCUUAUAUUAGAAGCUGUGUAUCUUCCCAAUAUGGAUCUACCUCCCACUAUCAAGCCUCACGCGCGCUACGGCAGCUGCUUGGUUAACGACCUGUUCGUCUUUCCGAUGACUGUUGCCAACUUCCUCUUGGACUUACAAGACGUUCAAAUACACUGGGCAAUUUCGGACAUGCUAGACAUCAAACACACCAAGCCAUGCAACUGCCAUAACAUCAUAAGGAAACGAAGCGCGAAGACGACGAAGCGGAAUAAACACGUGGACGGUAAAGUUACAUUGAUUGCCAACAAUGCGCGAUUAGUCAAGCUUCCGGAGGCGGCGGACCCCUUGCAGCGAGAUUUGACCCCUUUCGAGUGGGCUGCCGAAUUUUAUGAUGCUGACAUCCUGUAUGAAAAUAUAAGCCCGAAUUCUAUUCAGGUCCGACAUUUAGAUCGUGCCAGCGGCUUGGUGGUUAACCGACGACUGCAGAAUGAAGCCGUAGCGAACGAUUUUGACAGCUGGAACUUUGUUUUGGUGCCGUACAAUGCGCUAGAACAUAUAGCACACACGUUCGACGAAGCGCGGGUUCGAUAA